CCGGAUCUCUCUCAACUCCCAGCAGUCUCGUACCUCUACGUCCUAGGCUCUGGAGGCCACACCACAGAGAUGAUGGCUCUCAUCAAGCAGAGCUUCAAGGCCAACAGGAACCAGCACCGUCGUUAUAUUAUCACCGAUGGAGACACGCACUCCCUCAAUUCGAGCAAAGGUCUUGAGAAGCUGAUCCGCACAAAUUGCCCAAACGACGCAGGGACCCAUGAUACACUUAUUGUCACCCGCGCCCGCGCCGUCCACCAGAGCUUCUUCACAUCCGUCUUCACCUCGGCCCUAUGCGCUCUCGAGAUCGUCGCAGCGUUGACCAUGGUUCCUCCGAAGCGCGCCGGCCAGCCAAAUGCGGGGGCCUUCAGAUACCCUCACAUCAUCGUCACAAAUGGUCCAGGCACGGGCUUUAUCGUGGGUCUCGUGGCCUUUGCUCUCAAAGUCCUGGGUUGUGCCCCUAAGAACCGACUGAAGGUUGUCUUCGUCGAGACUUGGGCGAGAGACCACAAGCUGGGCCUCACUGGAAAGCUGUUCGACAAGACUGGGAUUGCUGACCUCUUCGUCGUCCAAUCUCAUACGCUGGCCAAA